AGUAUGAAAUGGAAUAGUUUCUAUAUUUGGGAACGGGGAAAUGUGGCAGUCGCGCGGCGGGGCUAAGCGCUGAUUGCUGACUUUGCGAAUCGACUCAGGACCUUCCGAGUGAACUCAGUGAAAUUGAAUUUAGGCACCUCUUUGAGCAUUCUAAUAAUGGUGCUUGGAGCGCGAAUUUCUCUCAGAGUAUUCUUUCAAGUCGUCGAGUCAUUGCAGCUGAGAUGAACUGAUAGAUUUUAGGCUUGUGGUAGAAAUAAUAUCGUUUUAGUAGGAUCCUUUAUGUCAAAUUCGAAGACUAAUUUGGGUGGUGGCAGUGCUAAGCGCAGUCUUCCUUCAUGGAUGAGUGGGAAGGACGAUGGGAGUACUUCUCGAGGCAAGAAACCUACCAGUUCUGGUUCUGGUGGAAAUGAAGUGAUUGCCGAAGCAGAAGAGGGUAAGCAAGGGAGUGGAAACGGUGAAGACCCAAUCAGCAGUUCAUUACACCGAGAUUUCUCCAAACUUCUGGAAGGAGUAGUAUUCGUGUUAUCAGGGUUUGUUAAUCCCGAGCGCAGCAUUCUUCGGUCCCAAGCAUUAGAAAUGGGAGCUCAAUAUCAACCGGAUUGGAACUCGGAUUGCACUUUGUUGAUCUGUGCGUUCCCAAAUACUCCAAAAUUUCGACAAGUUGAAUCAGAUUGCGGAACAAUAGUAUCAAAGGAGUGGAUUUCAGGUUGUUAUGCACAGAAGAAGCUCAUUGACAUUGAAAGCCACCUUCUGCAUGCUGGAAAACCAUGGCGAAGAAGCAACCUUUCACAUGAAGCCCGCCAAGCUAAGAUUGCAUCGUCAUCCAAGAAACCUCAGAAGCCAGUUGAAAGAACUUCACAUUUAAAACAAAAUGAGCAAGAUAUAUCUCAGAGUAGAGAUAAUAAUUCUUCAAGAGAGUGCUUUUCUCCUCCGAAAUUGAAGAAAUGGGCUACUGAUGAUUACAAUAAAACAAUUUCCUGGCUGGAGAGUCAAGAAGAAAAGCCAGAUCCAAGUGAGAUAAAGAAAAUAGCAGCAGAAGGAAUUUUAACUUGUUUACAAGAUGCUAUAGAUUCUCUUCAUCAAGAUCAGGACAUCAAUCAAGUGACAGAGGAGUGGAAAUUUGUUCCUCAGGUGGUGGAAGAGCUGGCAAAGCUUUGCAGUAAGAAAGAGUCAAUAUCAAAGGAGGAACUUCGCAGGCAAGCUAUAGAUUCUAAAAAGAUUUAUGAAGUAGAACUUAAUUUUCUACUUGACAAUUCCCCAGAUAGAAAGAAGAGGCCAAAUAUCAGCAAAGAACUGAAAAAUGGUUGUAAGGAAAAGGAAGAUGAGCGUGUCGCACGAGGAUAUGAUAGCGAUGACACGAUUGAGAUGACGGAGGAGGAGAUUGACCUUGCAUUCCAGAAUGUAGCUUGUAAGAAGACUUAGCUGAGGUCCUUUUCACUUCUUGGUUUAUGAAGCGAAAACUCUUCUGCUGUAUGUAUUGCCAUGAUCUGCCUAUUUCAAUCUUACAAGUCCAUUUUUGUUGUUCCUAUAUUUCUGUGCCUCUCAAGUUUAUUCUUGCAUGACUGGUGAUUUGCGAUGAUCCUUUUGUUUAUUGGAAUGGUCUGCCUUUUCCUGUUUCCAUAAAGGAAAGGAGGUCCUAUUGGAAUGGUUUAAGUUGAAGUUUGAAAGUGUGGAUAAGCUAAAUCACGCAAACAUAUAGGUCGUUUAAUACCA